GUCGCCCCGAUUAUUCUGGCCUCUAUUGCCUCUUCAACAUUCUCGCCAUGUCGGACAGUUGCAACACGAGGAAAGUCGUCUAUGGGCGUGUCCCGAGUGCCAGGGAGAGCCACACCCGCUUUUCCAGCUCCAGAGAAACCCACGGCGACUUCUCCGACACCCGGGAAGAUUACGAAGUUGCUGAGAGUGAGGUCAGAGAGUACUUCACCGGCGGUAAGGCUCAGGAUUCCUUUCGUGACCCUAGAGGCAUCCAGCACAGUCCCUUCGACCAUCGCAGGGAAACCCUCCCGCCCCAGUCACAUACCCACGACUCUGACGUCGACGUCUCUUUCGAGACUGAGUGCGACUAUGGCGGGAAGGAGGUCGAGCCGUGCACGCCCGACUGUGCUUGGGCCCCAGAAGAGAAUCGUAAAUGGAUUUCCGCGGGGACACCGAGCCGGGAGGGUGGUCGUACCAUCGUUCUUCUGUUCGACGGAACGUCGGAUUCCUUCGACUCCACGAACUCAAAUGUCGUUCGCUUAACGUCUUUCUUGAGGAAGGAUGACACGACCAAGCAGCUUGUUUAUUAUCAGACGGGCAUUGGCACCUACACGGACCCCUGGAUUGUAACGCCGAUCGUCUCUAAGAUGUCCAUGGUCCUUGACACGAUGUUCGCCUUCACUCUCGACAGCCAUAUGAAACAUGGUUACAAGUUCCUCAUGGACAAUUACACUGCCGGAGACAGGAUAUGCAUCUUCGGGUUCACCAGAGGAGCUUACACCGCCAGAGCCUUGGCUGGGAUGCUCCGGAAGAUUGGUUUGUUAUCGAAAGGAAACUGCGAGCAUCUACCUUUCGCGUACACAAUGUACAAGCGCGACGACCCAAGCAGCGAAAUAAUGAGUAGCAUGUUCAAACAGACAUUCUCGAUCGAUGUCAAGAUAGACUUCGUGGGGGUCUGGGAUACCGUGGCUUCUACCGGCCUCGUCACGAAAGAUCUCCCUUUCGUCAACACCAAUGACGGUAUUCGCGUCUUCCGCCAUGCCCUUGCUCUGGAUGAGCGGCGGGGCAAGUUUAUCCCUACCUUUUACAGGCAAUCCAAUGACACAAGCGCCGCAUCCGGAGACGAGACUAAAACGACUGAUGCCAAAGAAGUGUGGUUCGCCGGCGCCCACUGUGACGUUGGUGGCGGGUCGGUCAAGAAUUCGGAACGCCACAGUUUAGCUCGCAUCCCGCUCCGCUGGAUGAUCCGGGAGUGUUUCCGUGCCAAUACUGGGAUCAUCUUCGAUGCUGAGCUGCUGCGUGACGAAGCUGGGCUGGACAUGGUUCCUCUCAAGGGGUCGGUCACCGUCAGCGAGCGUCCUCUCCCGUUACAGCCCCUCGCGAGCGCGUUCUUCAAGUUCUGGUGGAGCCUGCUCACGUUCCCCUACAAGCUGUUCUUUGGGCGUUACGAGCCUGCAGAAGAGGUGAUUGCCAAGGCACCAUUGGGCGAAGCCGAGGAGGAGCUGCGCGAUGCGGUGCAGCCCGUGUACGACCAGAUGGAGCUGCAUUGGCUGUGGCGUCUCAUUGACCGAAUCCCUUUCCGUGCGAAGAAAUACAAUGAAUCGGACGAGAAGAAGGAUACCUAUCAGUGGGUCCUGAAUUUUGGAUUUAGCCGGAAGAUCCACAAGCCUAUCAUGGACAGAGGCAAAAUCAAGGUGCAUCGAUCGGUGAAGACAAGGUUGGAAGCCCAGGAAUCCUAUGGGAACGCCAACCGCGUGCCGUAUAUCCCCAGGGUACGCCCUAACUUCGGUGGGUCCGGAGAACCCCGGCAGUUGUCCCUCGCGGACUGGAAUGUAGAAAGCGCCAGCUGGUUCGAGUGGGAAGCGUGA